GGUGGGGGUGAGGUGGUGUGAGGGAGUGGGGGUGAAGGGGGGGUGUAAGAGUGGUGUAUAAAAGCUGGAGGCUGCAGGGUGAGAGGCGUCAGUGUAUCAUCAUGAAGGCAGCGGGAGGGUUGGUGCUCCUGCUCCACCUCGGCGCUCUGGGACUGGGAUCAGGAUUCAGCACUCAGAGGAACGAGAGUCAGUACUUUCCCUCCUACAUGAUGCGUCUGUAUCACAGCUUCAGCACCAAUCAGACUCCAGCACCGCCAUCUUCAUCAUCUUCAUCAUCAGCGCCACUUCAUCACCUCCAUCCUCAUCAUCACGCGGAUCUGGACAGAGCGCUGAGAGCCGACACGGUCCGCAGCGUCGCUCCCAGGAAUGUAGUCUUUCGAGACAGAAACUGGAUCACGACCUUUGACCUUUCCACUUUGCUCUCUGAGCGCCACAUCCAGGCUGUCGAGCUGAGGAUCCGCGUUCCUACGGUGACCCUUCAGCCGGAGGUUACCGUGGAGCUGCGUCAUCAUCAGGACUGGCCGUGUCCCAAACACAGCGUGUGCAUCGAGGACCAGUCACUGGGAUUUCUCCCAGAAUCCUCUCUGAUCAGCUCGUCCAAUCAUUGGAGAGUGUAUAACGUCACGGCUCGGCUGCUCCGCUGGAUGGAUGUCGCGCUCUCGCAGAGGAGGAGUAGGGCGAUGAGAGGGAAGGUCAAAGGUCACGCAACUUCAGGCGUCAAGGUGGCAAACGUGGGAAUGAAUCGCGCGCUGCUGGUGGUGUUCUCAUACGAGGGAUCGAAGGACGGAGAGCAGGAUAAAGCGAGUCUGCUUCGUACGGCCGAGCGCUCCAAAUUCCUCCUGAGUGCGGAGAGUCAGGUGGUGAGGAGGGUGAAGAGGCAGAAGAGCCGCCGCAAGAACGACAAGAACGAGAGAGAGAAAGAGAACGAGAAGAAGAGCCUCUGCAGGAGAGUGGACAUGCACGUCGACUUCAACCAGAUCGGAUGGGGCUCCUGGAUCAUCUUCCCUAAAAAGUACAACGCCUACCGCUGUGAAGGGGCGUGUCCUAAUCCACUUGGACAGGACUUCCACCCUACAAACCACGCCUACAUGCAGAGUUUACUGAAACACUUCCAGCAGGGUCGAGUUCCCUCGCCGUGCUGCGCUCCAGUCCGCACCAGCGCCCUCAGCAUGCUGUACUAUGAGAACGGAGAGAUGAUCCUGCGGCAUCAUGAAGAGAUGGUUGUGGAGGAGUGCGGCUGUCACUGA